AAUUUUGAGGGGACAUUCACUAGCUUGAUAUUAGCUGUAUGAAGAUUAUGAUGAGCAAUGCUGUCAUAUUAUAUGGAGAUGUUUUUCAUUUAAAUGCAGUACCAGCUACCAGGCUCUAUAUAAGUUCAGACCAAACUUCCCACUAAGUAUUCCAAGUUUUGUACAUUCCCUACCUACAGUAUAUAUUUCUUGCUUCUUUCACUCAUUUCAUGCAUAAAACUAUGGCCGUCAAACCCAUAUCCUUAAAGCAAACAAGCUUUAUACUUGUCUUGCAUUUCCUGACAUUUUCUAUCUUCUACACUGUCCUCGUCUCUGCUCGCUUCUCCACAUUUCUCAAUGAUUUUCAUGUGACCUGGUCUGACUCCCAUAUCAAGCAAAUUAGUAGCGGAACUGCUAUUCAGUUGACACUAGACCAAAAUUCAGGAUGCGGUUUUGCUUCCAAAAACAAAUACCUGUUCGGGCGUGUGAGCAUGAAGAUCAAGCUCAUCCCUGGCGAUUCUGCUGGAACUGUUACUGCUUUCUACAUGAACUCAGACACAGAUACUGUCCGUGAUGAAUUGGAUUUUGAGUUCUUGGGAAAUCGUACUGGUCAGCCAUACACUGUUCAAACUAAUGUGUAUGCACAUGGAAAGGGUGAUAGAGAACAGAGAAUCAACCUUUGGUUUGAUCCAGCUACAGAUUUCCACACUUAUUCCAUUCUCUGGAACCAUAACCAUGUUGUCUUCUACGUCGACGAGGUACCAAUCAGAGUUUACAAAAAUAACGAAGCAAAAGGAAUACCAUAUCCCAAGUUCCAACCAAUGGGAGUCUACUCAACACUGUGGGAAGCUGAUGACUGGGCCACAAGAGGUGGAAUUGAAAAGAUUGAUUGGUCUAAAGCACCCUUUUACGCCUACUAUAAAGACUUUGAUAUCGAAGGUUGCACUAUGCCAGGUCCAGCAAGCUGCACCUCAAACCCUACUAAUUGGUGGGAAGGUCCUGAAUACCUACAGCUAAACUCUUACCAAGCUAGAAAAUAUAGGUGGGUUCGAACGAACCACAUGACCUAUGAUUAUUGCACAGAUAAGGUACGGUACCCAGUCCCACCACCAGAAUGCAGGGCAGGUAUCUAAGUUUCCAGAAGUAUCCUCUAUUCUACAAUCUACAUAUACGACUACGAAUGUGUGAUAGAUAAGCCAUGCAUGCUCAUGAUAGAAGGAAGAUGAAUACUGCCUAUGUUUUCAUGUGUGGGUGAUCUAAGUUUCUGAAACCUGCCUAUUAAUAGUUUGUAAAAGGACAUUUAUGUGUGUUAGGUGAAAAUUAAUUGCAGAAUAAAAGGUUUCCAUUAUUUAUGAAAAUAAUACUAGCUUACCCUAUUUAUGGGGUCUUUAAAUUUUGAAAGAGAAAGAAUA